ACAGGCUUUAGUAUUGCGCGCGUUCUCGAGUUGGCUGCUCGCAAAUCUCAUCGCGCGGGAGAUGAUAAUAUCGCUGGCACACCGAGCGAUAACAUAAAUCGCCGGAUUUCAAGUUUGAAGCGUGCCGCGAGUACGGCUUCGAUCCUGCGCUCUUCGCUUUUUCGAGGCGUUCGAUCAGGCCGCGAGACCUCCAUUUUGACAGUACGUCAGCAAGAUCGCGUAGAAUACGUGGAACCGCUGCGCGCCUAUUUUCGUCGGUCAUCGAAGAGCGUACGGAUUUCACGUUAUACGGUUGUGCAGAAGAUAAUACAUAUACAUUUCCGUACGCUAUCUCACACGGAGUAUCUUUAGGAGUACGGCGUGGGCGCGGUGCAUCAUGGCGGUGGAAUCGAGAUGGAUGCCAUGUCAACUGAAAAUUGAAACAAAUAUCUGCAGCGGCGAUUACGAUGGCAUUAUUCUGGUGUCAGGAAGUGCCCCUGGAUCCAACGAGCCGGAACCCUUCAAAACCGUCCUCUACGCCGCGGCCCAGAUCGAUGCCGCACUGGGCGUGAUCGGCGCGGUUUUGCCCAUCAAUUUGCUCGCAAAAAGGUUCAUUUACAGCCCAACGGGUCCGCUUAACAUGGAUUAUCACGAUGUGCGGAGUUUUGCAGAGGCAGCCACGAAGGGAGUAAAACGGGCUUUGAAAGCUGGUGUGAAAUGUCCUUUAUUGGUGCUACUACCGGAUGACCGUUUUGAAAACGUUGAGCUAGUUACGCUUCUUGGUGCUCUGGAGGGUCUUUACGUGCCUUUAGAGGUGCGUGAGAUAUGUCCAGAUCGGUGCUACAAAGCGUGUCAACUUGGAGUGUGGAGUCCGAUUUGCAGUAAGAAGCUUCAGGGUAUCGUGAAACUCGCCUCGGCGCUCGAGAGUGGUAGAUACGUCGCAAGGGACAUAGGCGGUGCAGACCCCGAAAGAAUGGCGCCCCUGAGAGUAGAGGAAUACCUGGCGGAGCUGUUUUGCGGAUCGAAUAUCACGAUGCAAGUGGUAUCCGAUCAGGAUACGCUACUUCAAGAAUACCCGCUAUUUGCCUGUGUAAAUCGCGCCGCCUCGGUAAUACCGCGUCACGCCGGUAGAAUUAUAUUUUUGACCUAUGAGCCGUCCGCCUGCGUCUUAGAGACGAUCAUGAUCGUGGGGAAGGGUGUCACUUACGAUACCGGUGGCGCCGACAUCAAGUGUCAGGGCAUCAUGGCUGGCAUGUCGAGGGAUAAAUGUGGCGCGGCCGCCUGUGCCGGAUUCAUGCAGGUAGUGAAUUUAUUGCAACCACCGACGGUAAAGGUCGUCGCCGCUUUGUGUCUUGUAAGAAAUAGCGUAGGCGAGAACUCUUACGUCGCCGAUGAGGUGAUCACGGCAAAAUCCGGUGCAAGGGUACGCGUGGGUAACACGGACGCCGAAGGUAGGAUGGCUAUGGCUGAUGCUCUCUAUUAUCUCAAAGAAAUGGCUCUAUGUUCCGUGAAUCCGCACCUCUUCACGAUAGCUACGCUAACAGGCCACGCAGUAUUAACUGCAGGUUCGGGAUAUUCCAUUGCGAUGGAUAAUUCCGUGGCACGACUAACCAGUAAUGCGGAAAAACUUCAAGCUUCCGGCGAAGCUAUUGGCGAUCCAUUUGAAAUAUCGCGAAUACGUAGGGAGGAUUUUCUCAUCCAUCAAGGACGUGCGGAAGGUGACGAUAUUCUUCAGGCACUAAAUAAACCUAGCUCCAAAACUCCACGAGGUCAUCAGGGACCAGCAGCCUUUUUAAUUAAGGCUUCCGGAUUGGACAAGCAUGGUAUUGAGUCAGAGAAGCCGUUGAAAUAUUGUCAUUUGGACGUAGCCGGUAGUGCCGGUGAUCUUCCCGCACAACCAACUGGUUCACCGAUUUUAACAUUAGCCAAAGCAUUUCUUUUUGAUAAAAUAGAGAUCAAAGAUCCAUGAUACUAACAUAAACUAUUUAUAAUAUUCUAUGUACACAAUAUACAUCCUGGUAUAAUAUCACAUCUUUGACUGGCAA